CUGAGAAAUUGAAAAGCGACAAUUAUAAUGUUUGACGCUAUGAGAUCCAAUUUCUCCUUAAUGAGCUAGAGGUCUUGGAGACCCUCGACCAUGAGAUGGUUGAGCCAAAGCAUAGUGACUCACCACAGUAUCUUUGUGAUCUUGAGGCCUUUGAAAAAUGGUACAAGAAAGAUCAGUGUGCGCGACUUACUAUGGUACGCAGCAUGCACAAUGAUUUGAUAUGUGAGUUUGAGUGCUAUGAGACUGCUCAUAAGUUGUGGGAAGCUAUCAAACAUAAAUAUGAUAUCGACUUCUUGACUAAGAUGGUCUCGAACUUGAAAUGUGAUGAUGAACAUAAAUCCGAAAUCAUGAAGGCUAAGUGCCAAGAGGCAACUGAGCCAGAUGGUUCAUGCAUCAUAGUUGAGACUGUCCCUCGCAGGUCUGGGUACCAGCGAAGGAAGGCUAAACGCGCCCUUAAGAAAAGAGCUGCUAUAGGCCUUAACCCUAUUGGCGCUGGUUCUUUAAGCGCAAUAGAGGCAAGAAGAAGAGUGGUGACAAAAAAAAAGGCCAGAAAAGUGUGCUUUUACUGUGACAAGUUGAGACACUUUGCUCGUGAGUGCAUUGAGCCUAAGAAGACUCAGGAGCAACCAACCAAUUAGCGAGGAAACAAGAAAGGUUUGUGGAGUAUCGCUGAGUUCCAGUUGGAGGCCAAAGAAU